AUGACUACCGAAGAAGUCAACAAGCAGAAUCCCGAGGAGUUUUUCCAGAGCAUUGGCGACAAGGUCAAGAACCUUGCGCCUGCUGCUGCUGCUGAUGCUCAGAACGAUGACGACGAGCGCGCUGUCGAAGAGAUCGAGUCUCUUUGCAUGAACUGCGGCAAGAACGGAGUUACUCGUCUUCUUCUCACCGCGAUCCCGUACUUUCGCGAAGUCGUUAUCAUGUCUUUCUCCUGCGAGCACUGCAACCUCCAGAACAACGAGAUCCAGGCGGCUGGAACUGUCCAGCCCAAGGGAACACACUACGAGCUGCGCUUGACAGAACUUGCCGACUUCUCUCGCCAGGUCAUCAAGUCCGAUACUGCGACCGUCAAGUUUAUUGAGCUUGACCUCGAGAUUCCUGAAGGCCGCGGCCAGCUGACAAACGUUGAGGGUCUUUUGACUACCGUGAUCGAUGACCUCGAGCUGGGACAAGAGGCGCGAAAGGAGCAGUCUCCUGAGGUCCACGUCAAGAUUGCUGAGAUCAUCGCCAAGGGUCGCGCUAUGCUCAAUGGUGACUCGUUCCCCUUCCGUGUCUGGGUUGACGACCCUGCUGGAAACUCGUUCAUUGCUCCCGAUCUGAAGGACGGUGUUGGCAAGUGGGAGAAGCAUGAGUAUGCCCGAACUGACGAGCAGAACGCUGCUCUUGGUAUCUCCGACACCAACGCCGAUGAUCAUCAGAUGCAGAACCCCGGUUUGAACGCCGACGGCGAAAUCAUCGCCAACGAAGUAUACAGCUUCCCCGCCACAUGCCCUGGCUGCAUGCGUCCUUGCAUCACCCACAUGAAGAUGGUCGAUAUUCCUCACUUUAAGCAAGUCGUUCUCAUGUCUACUGUUUGUGAUGACUGUGGAUACCGCUCCAACGAUGUCAAGACUGGUGGUGAGAUUCCCGAGAAGGGUGAGAAGAUUACUCUCGAGGUCAAGGAUAGUACCGAUUUGGCUCGUGACAUUCUCAAGAGCGAGACCUGUGCUCUGGAGUGCCCUGAACUUAAGCUGCAGGUCAACCCCGGUACACUUGGUGGUCGCUUCACCACUGUUGAGGGUCUCCUCACUCAGGUCCGUGGCGAUCUUCACUCCCAGAUCUUCGAGGCUAGUGGCCCCGGCCAAGGUGGUGACUCUCUCGCCAGCGACGAGAAGAACCAGUGGACCGCUUUCUUCGACGGUCUCGAUGCUGCUAUCCGAGGCGACAAGCCUUUCACAAUCAAGCUCACCGAUCCUUUCGCGAGCAGCUACGUUCAGCCCCUCGUGGACCCCCCUGCUCCUGACCCCAGUAUCCACCGCGAGAGCUAUACCCGUACAGACGAGGAAGAGGAGGAACUUGGUCUCAAGGACAUGAAGCUGGAGAACUACGGAGAGGACGAUGAGGAGGAGAAGAAGGAUGGCGAGGAGAAGACUGAGGCUGCCACUGAGUCAUAG